UGUUUCAGAAUUAUUACUCUAAAUUAAUCACCAAUGAAAAUGUUGCUUUAUUUACUGCUUUUGUCAGAAUUCUGUUUAUUCGCCCAAAGUGCUCUACGUGGAUAUCUUCUUGUCCAGCAGCCAAAGACCUGGGAUGAUGCAAUAACUUACUGCCAAGAUAAUUACAAUGACAUAGCCGUGGUUGCAUACGGUAAUGACUGGAGCGAACUUCAAAAAACAGUUGUACCGUACAUGACUUCACAAGCCUGGGUUGGUCUGUACAACGAUAUUUACAGCUGGCGGUGGUCUUAUAAAAAUGAGAACGUCUCCUAUGUGCAAUGGAAAUCUGGAGAGCCAGACAACUCCGGUGGGAAAGAUGAAUGUGGUGUAUUCAAUCAGGGAACAUGGCAGGACUGGAAGUGCACUGACUACCUCCCCACUUUUUGCUUCAAUGAAUCGGCAACAGGAGCAGAUAGGUUUAUUUAUUACGAUUUUGUCUGGAAGACCUGGCUAGAGGCUCAGGCUUUCUGCAGACAGAAAUACACAGACCUGGCCACCAUUCAAAGUUUAGAUGAAAUGAACGAGUUGAACCUAAUGGUGCCAUCAUAUUUUAAUCCAUGGAUCGGCCUGUACAGAGAAUCUUGGAAGUGGUUGGAUGGAAGCGCUUUCUCUCCUACCUCCAUUUAUUGGAUGACUGGAAAACCUGACUUGACCGGGAAGGGCCGCCCUUGUGCUGCUGUAGGUACUGAUAGUAAGCUUGACGAUCGGCUCUGCUCAGAUCUGCUUCCUUUCAUCUGUGUGUACAUUGCAAAGACACAGAUUGUAAAACUGGAGGUGAAAUCUCUUCAGAAUCUGAAUGACCCUGCAGUGAUGGACAGCAUCUCACAGUGGAUAACACAGAAGCUGAAUAAUCGUGGUGUAAUGAAUGCAAAAUUGAAAUGGAGAGUACAACCAGAUGGAAAUGUUUUCACACCAAAUUACGUCAGGGAAACUAACCCUCAACAGAUAGACUGCUCGGCUCAACGUUUUAAUAAGUAAUAAUAGCACAUCUGUGAAGUGAUUUAUCAGACACAAAUGCAAUUAUUCUAUGUUGAUGGGAGUUAAAAGUAAACUUAGUUUUAAGUAAUGCUUAUCUAUAUCAGUGGUUCUCAAACUUUUUCAGCGUGCGGCCCCUUUUGUGUACGGUGCAUUCUUUUGCGGCCCCCCCAAAGAAAAUUUAUGACAAAAAACAGUUCUAAAACUUCACAUUUGAAUUAAACAAAACAUUAAACUAUACAAAGUAGUGCUGCCUUAUUUUUUUUAGGUUUUAUUUCACAUAAUUCAUGAUAAAUUAAUAUUUUUAUAAAAAUGUCAUAAAACUGGGGCCCCCCUGGCACCAUCUCGCGGCCCCCAGUUUGAGAACCACUGAUCUAUAUUAUUAUUUUUUUCUAAUAUAUACUAGUUAGUAGCAGAUCUGUGAAGUAUAUCAGUCACAAAUGCAGUUUUUCUGUGCAUGUCUCAGUAACUAAAUGUAGCAUCUAGUACUGCUAAACUAUUAUGUUUAAAGCUUUAACCCAUUAACUGGCACUGUCCCGUGAGCGGGACACCAGAGUUUACUUUUAUAUUUUUUGUAUGUUAAUCUAUUACGACAAACUAUAUAUUGUUGUAAAGGUCUAAGAAUGUAGUUUUCAUAUUUCAAAACCUUUUAGCAGUAAUAAUAUUGCAGUGACUGUAAUUUAUUCAUUUGUGACAAGAGUAUGCAGCAAACCAACACGAACCUCAUUUUGUUUGAUCAUUUUAUGUAUAAAAUAAUACUAUAUGCAUUAUUUGUAUUUAUUACAAUCAAUUUAAACUGCUAUUCUU